UACUAUAAAUAGGCAAUGCAACAGCAGCAGAAGAACAAACACAGCCAGCGACUCUCCAGCACUACCAGCAAUUCUGAACCCGCAAAGCAACCAUUAUUUGUAAUUGAACUACUUAACGAGGACGGUAAAAGUUUAACUCAAAAGGAGAUGGUGAAACUGUUGCUGCUGCCAGCUGCUCUUUGGCUCCUUUUGGCCGUCAAUCAAUAUCGUUGCGACUCGCCCGUCGUCGUGGGAAAUUUCCGAAAUAAUGAAGAAACUCGAUCGAGUUCCAUCGGGAUGAAAGAUGACGUCAGCAGAAGAAUUGUCGCUGAUGAGCGUCGCAUGGAUCAGGACCGACGUUCAAUUUCUCAUCGUCAACAGGUCGAUGAGCGCUCAGCACUUGAUCGUCGUGAGGAACAAAAUCGAAUGGACGAGAGACGCUCGGAUGUCCGACGCCAAUUGGAGCGUCGCAUCGAUUCACAACGGGACGAAGAUCGUCGAGUGGAUCAGCUCCGUGACAAUGAAGAUCGACGAUCCGGCGAAAGGAGAAUGGAGGAACGUCGCGAUGUGGUCGACAAUCGACGAAAUGAAAAUCGAAACGACGAGCGUCGGGUCGCCGAACGCCGAGGAGAAGAGCGUCGAGAAGAUCGACGUGAAAUGGAGCGUCGGGUAGAGGAGCGCAGAGACGAGCGCGUCCAACAACGACGAAUGAGCGAAGAGCGUCGAUCAACUGAGGAAAGAAGAGAAGAACGUCGUCGUGUUGACGAUCGCAGAAUUGAAGGAGAAAAUUCAAACGAUCGCCGAUCAGAACAGCGUCGAUCCGUCGAUAAUCGACGAGAUGAAAGACGCCAAAUCGACGCCGACGAACGAGUUGAGCAACGCCGAACUGACGAGCGCAUCACGUCAAAUGACGACACUGAACGCCGAUCGGUCGAGGACAGACGCCAAGAAAGAAACAACGAGCGUCGUGAUGAACGCAGAAGCGAAGAACGUGAAAAUGAGGAGCGUCGAGAUGAUCGUCGUCGAGUCAGCGAGCGCCGAAAUUCAAACGAGCGAUCCCGCGAACAAGUUGAGCGUCGUGUCGAUGAGCGUCGCAUCUCUGAGUUACAAGUCGAACCCCUCGAGACCAAGAAUCGAUUGGACGACAGGAUGACUCGUCGAGAUGUUCGUGUUAUCACCAAAGGAGAUGAGUCAGUCCUUUUCGAACCGACCGAUUCCCUUUUUGAUUUAGUUAAGAAUAAAGUAGUCGACACUGAUUGGGUGUCGUCAGUUUCCAUCGGGUUCGUUACUGUCGCCGCCUUGGCCAUGCAACAGCAACGCUCUGUCAAAGUUGCUUAAACGUUUAUCUCUAAUGAUAUUGCUGUCUUAUUAACUGUACUACACUGUAACACGUUACUUGAUAUUUGGUUCUUCACUCAUGGAUAUACUACUGUCAUGAUUUGGUGUUAAAUAUACUCUCUAUAAGCAUUCAAA